UAGCUUAUUCACAUCUCUUAUCUUGAGACCAUCUCUUGCUCCACAAAUUUACCUCUCUCUCUCUCUCUAGCUACAAAGCUUGCUGGGCAACAAUGGCUGCAGGUGGGGCUUCUCUUCUUGCUGCUGCUGUUUUCUCCAUGCUGGUCAUGUCUUCCCUGGGGCAUCCGAGGCCUUUAUGCAGCGACUGUGACCCGCAAUGCCGUGCCAACUGCACCGCGGAGGUUAAAACCUCCUGCAGCAGUUACUGCAGCAGCGGUGGCGGCGGCCCUCAGGAGGGCUGCCGUAGAAAUAUCUUGCAGCAGUGCACUGCAAAUGGUAUCUGCUGCAGUAGCAACGGCACCUGCACUUGUGACUGCAACACUGUAGCUGAAAGUGGUUGCAAGGGGGUCCCCAACGCCAUCCAACUUUGCGACUCUUGCAAGCGCGGCAUCUUCGACCAGUGCUUUCCCACCUGUAACAAGGACUGCAACAACAACUGCAAGAAGAAAGGGUGCCACCAUGCCUAGGAAUAACAUGUAGUCGAUCGGUUGUUGCCUUGCAUAGCAAAUAACAUGGCCGAUGUGGUCGUGCGUAGAGUUUUGUAAAUGCCGUGACCUGGUUCUGUGGGAUGGCAUAGGAGGAAAGGCUCGUGGUAUCACCUCCGGCAUUUCAGCUGAGGAUUUGCAUUCUGUUUUAUUUAUACUGAAUAAUGAUAUGGAAAAAGGAAAAAAUACAUAGUUAAUACGAUGAAAUUAUGGUUGUUCA